AUGCGAGGGGCGAAGAAACGCCAGGCGCUGCCCGCCAUCGUGCUCCUGCUGCUGGCCUCGGCCCCGCCGCCGCCGGGCGCCGAGGGCAGGGACGUGCCCUCCGCCGGAGCCGAGCGGGGGGCGCUCCUCGACCUCCUCCUCCAAGCCCUGGGCGACGGCGGCCGCCCGCUGCCGCCCCGCCCGCCGCGGCGGGACCGGGUGAUCGCCCGGCGGUACAGCGGCGGCGGCGCGCCGCCGCCCGACCCCCGCGCCAUCGCCGCCGCUGCGGCCCCCCGGCCGCCCCCAGCCAUCGCCGCCGCUCCGCCGCCGCCCCGGCUUUUCGCCGCUGCUCGCCACGGAGAAAUUUUUCCAAGAGAUUCCAGUCUAAAAGACAAGUUCAUAAAACAUUUUACAGGGCCAGUCACAUUUUCAUCAGAGUGUAGCAAGCACUUUCAUCGACUGUAUCACAACACAAGGGACUGCUCAACGCCAGCCUAUUACAAAAGGUGUGCAAGGUUGCUAACAAGAUUAGCAAUGAGCCCUUUGUGUACACAGUCCUAG